AUGUGGAAGCGCAACGAGAGGCCCAAGGCAGUGGAGGACGAGGAGGACGGGGGCGAUGAUGAGGGCAGGGGGGCAGGGAGGAGCCGCAAAGACCGCGACAAGGAGAGGCGCCGGGAGAAGAAACGGGAGAAGCACAGAGACAGGGAGCGGGAUAGGGAGAGGUCGAGAGAAAGGGAGGAGGAUGGGGAGAGGAGGGAGAGGAGGAAGGAUAAGAAGCGGAAGAAGAAGAAGAAGCAUCGCGAGGGGAGGGACAGGAGCAGGAGCAGGAGCAGGAGCGACAGGGACGAGGGGGUCCGCCUGUCCCCUGCUUCUUCCGUGCUCCCUUGGUCCUCUCGUGUCAGUCCCGCUUGUUUAUGUUUCAUCCUUCAAUGUUUUUUACCGCACAUGUCCGUGUCCCUCCUGGCAUGGCAGGGAGCGCCCGCGCGCAAGCGGCGCCGGCAGCUGGCAGAUUCGGAUGAGGAAGACGCCGGUGGCGGUGCUGAAAGGGAGGCACAUGAGGUGGGGAGUGCGCCUGAUGGUGGGGAGGAGGCACCCCCGCCGCCAUCCGGCGCAGACGAGGCAGAGGGCAUGCAGGAAGGGUGA